AUGGUAGUAAACAAAUCAGUCAAGAGAAAGGUCGAUGACUUUGUUAUGACCAUCGACGACGACGAUGAAGAAAUAGACACCAAUGUAGAUAUCGACGAGGAUGAUGAAAGUGAAGCCGAAGAAGAUGAAGUAGAAGAAAUAGAAAACAAGAAAAAGAAAAAGACAAAGAAACAAAAGGAAUCAACUACUACUACUACUAAAAAUAAUAACAAUAAUAAUAACGCAACACCAACAAUUGAAAAUGAAGAUGAUAUGGAUGAAGAGUUUGAUUUUGAAGAAGGAGCACAAGUAGUAUUACCAUGGGAUUUUGCACCAACCAUUGAAAAGAUGAAGAGAACUCAACCAUCUAACCCAAAUAUAACAUCAUUAGAAGAUAAGAUUAAAAAGAGAUUAGAUUUGAAAAAGUUUAAAGGUGAAGAUACAAAAGUAAAGGUUGAAGGAGAUGGCGAUGACCAAGAAUUAGAAAAUGAAUCAGACGAUGAAGAUAUUAAAGAUAAUGAAGAAAAGGAACAAGAUGAAAGUGAUAGUGAUAGUGAUAGUGAAGUUGAAGAAGUUGAAGAAGUAGAAGAGGAAGAACAAAAAGUACCAAAAAAUAACAAUACCAACAAAUCAAUUCCAAAAGUUAAAGUAGAACCAUUGGAUACAUUAAAGACAUUAGAAUCAAACAAAAGAAUGAAGAAAGAGGUAGUUAUGGAUUUACCAACAUUUGAAGAACUGCAUUUAUCACGUCCACUUCAAAAGGCUGUUGCCAAACUUGGAUACACUCAACCAACACCUAUCCAAGCCAAGGCAAUCCCACUCAUUCUCAACGGCAAGGACAUAUUGGCUAGUGCUACCACUGGUAGUGGUAAGACAGCCGCCUUUAUCUUGCCUAUUUUAGAGCGUCUAUUGUACCGUGACGCUACACAUCGUGUCAGUCGUGUGUUGAUUGUUUUGCCAACACGUGAACUUGCACUACAAUGUCACUCGGUGUUUGAAUCGUUGGCUCAAUUCACAAACGUGCAGUCGUGUCUUGUGGUGGGUGGUCUCUCCAACAAGGUGCAGGAACACGAGUUGAGAAAACGUCCAGAUGUCAUUAUCGCCACGCCCGGUCGUUUGAUUGACCAUCUUUUAAAUGCUCACGACGUCGGUCUCGAAGACAUUGAGAUUCUCGUGCUUGAUGAAGCCGAUCGUCUCUUGGACAUGGGUUUCAAAGAUGAACUCAACAGAGUCGUAGAGAGUUGUCCAGACGGACGUCAGACACUGCUCUUCUCGGCCACUCUGUCCGACGAUGUCAAGUUGCUCGCCAAGCUGUCGCUCAGCCAGCCGGUGCGUGUCGCUGUAGACGCGUUGUUCCAGGUCGCCAGCACACUCGAACAAGAGUUUAUCAAGAUCAAGCCAGGUCAAUUGGCCGACCGUACCGCCAUGCUCCUGUCCCUGUGCACGCGUGUGUUCAACGGUGGAGGCUGCAUUGUCUUUUUCCGUUCGAAAAAGGAGGUGCAUCGUAUCGCCAUCUUACUCGGUCUCUCGGGUCUCAAAGUCGGCGAGCUGCACGGUGAUCUCAACCAGGAGCAGAGAUUCGAAGCAUUGCAGUCGUUCCGUAAUGGAGAGGUCGACUUUUUGCUCGCCACUGAUAUCGCUGCCCGUGGUCUCGAUGUGCUCGGUGUGCGUACCGUCAUCAACUACAACAUGCCACGUAGUCUUGCACAGUACAUCCACAGAGUCGGUCGUACCGCUCGUGCCGGUCUCGCCGGUCGUUCGUGCUCGUUCAUCACCGAAGCCGACCGCAAGAUCCUCAAGGAUAUCGUGUCGCGUGCCAAGACAAAGGCCAAGAGCCGUACCGUCGCCCAAGAAUCCAUCAAACUCUGGAGAGCCAAGAUCGACGAGAUGACCGACGACGUCAAAGACAUUAUUCGUGAAGAGUUGCGUGAACUCGACUUUAAAAAGACGGAAAAGGAUCUCAUGAAGGCUGAGCGUAUCGUCGCCAACGCCCUCGGCCACAAGAAGCUCAUCACCGACAACGGCGGUAUCAUCCCCGAAGCUGCACCGAUGGAGCGUGUAUGGUUCCAAAGUAAAAAGGAGCGUGAAGAGUCACGUGAGGCAUGGAAGACUGAGAAUGGUAUCGUGUCGAUGGACAAGGACGGCAAGCCUGUCGCAGGUGGCAAACCCGCCAGAAAGGGUGUUCUCCUCAAAAAGGCACCCAAGGAUCCAUAUGCAGGUAUGUCUCGUAAGAAACGUCGUAGUGUUAUGCAUCGUGAAGAAAUGGCUCGUGAUAUGGCCGAGCAAGAGGACGCCUUUGAAGGAGGGUCUGGAGGCCAACCAUCCAAAAAGGAGGUUGCCAAAAAGUUCCGUUCCGAACAAAACAACCAACGUGCCUCUGGCAAGGAGACCAAGCGUAUCGAAGCCCUUCGCCGUGCCGGUAUCUAUGCUGGUCCAACUCCACAAGAAAAGCUCAAACUCGACGCCAAGCAAGCUAAAAAGACUGCCCAAAUCAAAAAGAAAAAGGUUGGCAGAGAUGAUUUCGAAAAGGAUAUUACCUCCAUCUCUGAAGGUAAAUCUUCAUUUAAAAAGGGUAAAGUUGUUGCUAAAUCUAAAUCUUCUUAA